UUGACCAACAUCAGUGAGUCCGCGCGGAUUAAUUGUAUCGUUGGACACCUGAUAUUAUUCCUGCUGGCACCAUUCGAAAACCUAGACCCCAACCAUUGUGAGCGCGGGCUGAAAAAGCCCACGUCCUUUCUGGAGAUGAAAAGCGAGAACCAGAGUAGACAGACCAAGCAUAAUGUACAGAAUAAGUUCAAGAGUACAAAAGUCACCAGAAGACUGAAAAGGUGUCUUUGGCUUUUCCCACCUCUUGACUUGGAGGAGGAUGCAGCUCCGGUCCCUGUGUCUGACGCCACCAGAGAACCACCAGAGACCAGGAUGUCAAAGAAGAAGACUUUCCCCAGACCACCUGUCACACAGGAUGCAGAGAAGUUUCAUGAUGGCCCAACUAACACCAGUAGCCCCAAUACCAUCCCAAAGAGAAGGUGCCUUUUCCCAACCCUGAUGUCUGAGCCAGACCCAGUGCCUCUCUCUGAGCCAGACCCAGUCCCUCUCUCUGAGCCAGACCCAGUACCUCUCUCUUAUCCAGCAGAGACCAGCGAGCCCCAGCAGAAGGCAGGAAUCUUCAUCCCACCUGCCACAAAGCGACUGAAGAGGACCAGAAAGUUGGAGCCAGCCCCAGGCCUUCUCUCUGAGCCACCAGAGAGCAUGAAGUCAAAGGAAAUGGAGAUCCCAGGUCCACCUGCCACAAAGAGACUGAAGAGGACCAGGAAGUUGGAGCCAACUCCAGCCCCUCUCUCUGAACCUCCAGACACCAGAAAGUCAAAGAAGAAGAAAAUAAUCCCUGGCCCACCUGCCAGUCAGCAAGUGAAGAGAUCCAGAUGUCCUCCCAGCCCCUGGACCCCUAACCUAGUGGAGAUUAGACGUAGGACACCUACAGCCAGACCUCCUACCUGUGAGAUAGGUGUAACUACAUUUACCUUGAGAUCGAAGGUAGUGACAAGCCCUACCUUGAAGUCAGGUGUAGUCACAUCCCCAUCUAGCGGUGAAGCCUUUUCCACAUCCCCUGAGAGGAAGAUGAGGAAGAAGAACAGGAAGAGGGCCAGAUGCAGUGGUGCGGCCGUUCCCACCCCCCCUGAGAGGAAGAUGAGGAAGAAGAAGAGGAAGAGGGCCAGAUGCAGUGGUGCGGCCGUUCCCACCCCCCCUGAGAGGAAGAUGAAGAAAAGGGUGAGGUGCUGCCCUGUCCUGUUGAACAACCCCUUGUCUGUCUGUCAGUCGCAGAGGGCCACCCAGGGCAGGAAGGCCUGUGUGUGGUGUAAACAGGAGAAAGAGUGGAUGAAGACCAUCUGGCAGUGUGAGGCCUGUCAGGUGGCCCUCUGUCUCAUACCGGGCAGAAACUGCUUCAGGGCCUGGCACAAGACUCACAAGUGGAACGAGGAAGUCAUCUUCAGUCUGUUUUCUUAAAUGUUGUCAAAUAUGUGGGUCUGGAGCCUCAGCAUGAGAUAUUAAUGGUUUGUGGUCAAAAAAGGCCACAUUCAGUUCCUAGUUCAUACGGUUUUAGUAUAAUUCAGGCAUACAUGCAUUAAAUAAGAAAUAUUUCAUUUGUGGGUGUUUUUGCAAAAAAAGGAAGUUGAAAAGUUUGCUACAUUUUCUUAAAAGCCCUUUUCCUUAUGUUGUUUAAGUUGACAUAUUAAAUACAUUGU